AAGCUGUUGGGUGUUCCUGGCUUUUGGGAGGUGCUUUAAAUCCGACUGCCAGAGCCGUGGGCUGCUGAGAGCAGAAGCUGCCUGCACGAUGCUGAGCUCAGGUCUUCCUCCCGUUCUCCUGGUGCUCUCAGUGCUGGAGCUGAGCUGGUGCCUGAGUGAUGAAGAAAAGAAGAUCAUCGUGGAUGAGCAUAAUAAAUAUCGCUCCCAGGUCUCUCCUCCUGCCCAGGCUAUGAUGAAGAUGACCUGGGACAAGGAGCUGGAGGCCCUUGCUCAAUCCUAUGCAGAGAAAUGCAUCUGGGACCACAACAAGGAGAGAGGCCGACGGGGAGAAAACCUCUUUGCCAUGGCCCCAAUGCUGGAACUGGAAUUCGCCGUGGAAGACUGGAACGGGGAGGAGAAAUUCUACAACUUCACAACAUCCACGUGUGUCCCCGGGCAGAUGUGUGGCCACUACACCCAGGUGGUCUGGUCAAGCACACAUCAGAUCGGCUGCGGGGCACAUUUCUGUGAGAAGAUUGAUGGGAUUGAAACAGAGAACAUGCACCUGCUGGUCUGCAACUAUUAUCCCCCGGGUAAUAUGAAAGGCAAGAAGCCCUACGUGGAAGGACCCUCAUGUGAAAUGUGUCCCAGGGGCACAGUCUGUGUGAACAACCUGUGUGCAGGUGCCCUGGACACAGAACUGGAGACAAACUCGGACCAGACAAGCAUGGAUCCACCCAAAGGAGGAGCCCCCAGUACCUGCCUGGGCCUUUCACUCUUCCUCCUCCUCCCCAGUGCCAUCCUGGUGGGCCUUCUGCUCUGAAGGGUCUUCCUCAGCUCUCCCUGCACCCUCACCAAGGCUUUUGUCAGCGCUGGUUGUUCCACAGCCCUGGCAGGCUCAGGAGCUCCUUGGACAAUUCCUGUGCUCCCUCCUUGCGCUGCCUGCUCUGCUGCAGCCCCAGAGAGCCAAGGGCAGCUGAUGCUGGGGGAGCUUUGUCCCCUUCCUGAGGAGACCUGAGGGCAGGAGGGUGUUUGCCAUAAUGCUGGUGACCUUGGAUGCUUCUCCUUUUUCCUGGCUUCUGUUCCAUUUCCAGGCUGGAAGUGUUGAGCUCUCCCACCCAUCUGCCCGUGUGGUUGGCAGGCCCUGCCACAGCCUGACCCUGGGGACAGCAGGGUGACUUGGGGACAGUGAGACACGGUGGUUGGCUUUGGUGUUUGUAGAUGAGACACAGUGGUUGGCUUUGGUGGUUUUUCCCAGCAGAAAUGCUCUUUUCUUUCCCAAUGUAUCCGUCUCAAUUUUGGACAAGUGUUACCUCUUUCCCUUCUUGUCCAAACAGAAUUGAGGAUUUCUGUUUCCUCCUGGUUCUGGUGGAGCUCUGGCCAGUACUGCCCAGCUGUUCUCCCCUCUCCUCCUCCAUUCUGCAGCCCUUGCCUCAUCCCAAGAUUCAUUUUACGCCUGCGCCUGCACCUGUGUGCACACACAGAAGAGAAAACCUUCAGAGCUGAGAGGGGCCACCAGCUCCUUCAUGUAGCUUUUCCCUGCAUGGCUUCAUUCUUUGCAUAAUUUCAGUGUAUUUGAACUUAGAUACAGAUUCCUCUUGAUGUGUAACUUGUGUGUGUGUGGUCAAGGAGAGCAAGUCCCCACUUGUGUUGGUACAAUCUGAGCUCCAGAGGUACAAGUGACACUGCUGGAGGUUAUUGGUGGCUCCUGGGCCUGUUGCAGGACCACUGGCAUUGUCUGGGCCACUGUGUUUUGUUUUUGUUUGUCUCUCCUCCCUUCACCUGAGGAUUCCCAGUCAGGUCUGUUAAAUAUGUGCCAAGCUGUGCAGACAGAUGGAAGGAAGAUAAUGGGGAGAUGCAGCCCCUGCUCUGGUCAUUGCAACCUUUCAUUUCUUACACAUGAGGUGGAGGAUGACCUGAAGGCCAUUAUUCUGUCCUGUGCAUCUCCAGAGCAUGCACUGAAUAAAUCCUGUUGUGAAAAUCUGUUCACUCUCU